UUUAAAGUUUAGAUAUGACAACUGAUUUUAAAUCCAGGAUAAGGUGGGUGAUAUUACUGGUUCUAGUAGUACAAACUUCACUCACCGUACUCUUAUUCCGGUACAGUCUUACUCAUGCCACUGAACACUUUAUCUCCACUACAAUAGUGUUCUGUACAGAGUGUCUUAAAUAUACAUUAAGCCUGCUCCUUCUUCUAUUACAGGAGGGGUUCUCCUUAAAGCGAAGUUGGAUUGUUUACAGGUCGGAGAUAUUAGAGAAGCCGCGUCAAACUAUACUCCUAUCCAUCCCUGCCCUUCUCUACACUGUUCAGAACAAUAUUCUGAUUCUAGCAUUGAAGAAUCUUGAUGCUGCAACCUACCAGGUGACCUACCAGCUCAAGAUACUCACUACAGCAGGCUUCUCAGUUCUCCUUCUUCAGAAACAGCUUCAUUUUACUCAAUGGUUUAGUUUGAUCCUGCUCACGGUAGGAGUAGCUCUAGUUCAGAUACCAGGAGCAGAGGUACUAUCUAUACACCCGGAGAGAAACCGACUGACCGGUCUUAUAUCCGUCCUCGUCGCCUGCUUCUCCUCAGGAUUUGCCGGGGUAUUCUAUGAGAAACUUUUAAAAACAAGUUCUCAGCCUUCAGUUAUAAUACGGAAUCUUCAGCUUGGUGUAUUCUCCCUUCUCUUGUCUGGAUCUGGAAUGAUGAUUUCGGAUUUUUCGGAAAUCCUCGAAAAGGGACUGUUUGUUGGCUACACAAGCUCGGUCGUUACGGUCAUCGUUCUCCAGGCUGUUGGUGGACUAGUUGUAGCAGCUACUAUCAAGUACGCUGACAACAUCUUAAAGGGGUUCGCAACCUCCCUCUCCAUCCUUAUGUCAGGGUUUAUAUCCUGGCUGCUCCUAGGGGACCUGGAGCCAGGUUCUUAUUUUCUCCUAGGAACCUCCCUCGUCCUAAUUUCAAGUGCUCUCUACUGUUAUACUCCUAAACCUGACUCAAAACUUCCAAUUUAAUGAAACAAUUCUGGAAACUUUCUUAAUCAAAUUUGACAAUAAAUGUUUUCUCCAUGAAA